GACCCCCGGGGCUGCUGGCGCAUCCACGAGGCUCGGGGGAGAAGCAGCAGCGGGGGGGAGGCCCCAGGCCCAGCGGCUCCCUUGGGACCCCCGAAGUGGAGUGAGGGAGCAGCCCCAGUGUGUGUGUGUGGGGGGGUGUCUCUAUACAGGUGGGGGGCGGGGAGAGGCCCUCAGGACAGGUUAGGCCAAGAGGGCAGGUAGGGCUUGAGCCCCAGAUGCAGCCAGGCUAGGCCGCAAGGGAGGAAAGAAGGAAGCGCUUGCAUGCAAAAGGGAAAGACGGGGAGCCCUUCUGACGGGGUGGCGGCCAUAGGACGCUCCCAACCCCGGGAUUAGAGCGGUGGUGGUGGUGGUGGUGGUGGGAAAACCAGUUUAGAUAAGCGAGCAGGGUCUGGAAGAAGAGGAGGAGGAGGAGCAGGAAGGAAGGAAGAAAGGAGGGAGGGCGGGCAGUGGAUGCAGUUCAGGCGGUACGAAGCCUGGAGGAAGGACCCAGUGGAUCUCUAAAGGCAGAUCUAUAUCUAUUUGGUGUUGGGGGGGACGGACGGAAGGACAGGGUUGCUCUUAAACCUCUGACUAUGCACUUCUGAGAGCUCCUUAGGGAAAGAGGCAGCAACCAGGAAUAGGGGUUAACUGAAAGCCAUCUCCUCCUCCUCCUCCUCCUCCCUCCCUCCAUCCAUCCAAGCAUCUCCCUCGAGGGAAGCAAGCGGAGUCCUCCUCCCCACCCCCCCAAACGCCUUUCACCAUUAAGAGGAAAAUUAUGGAGGAGUUGAGUGCUGAUGAGAUCCGUCGGAGGCGCCUUGCCCGGCUUGCUGGCGGACCCUCUUCCCAGCCCACCACCCCACUUACGUCUCCGCAAAGGGAGAACCCCCCGGGGCAGCCGGUCCCAGCGUCGUCUUCAGGGGCACCCCACAACCUUGGGCUCAAUGUUCACAGUAUGACCCCUGCUACCUCUCCAAUCGGUGCGUCAGGUGUUGCCCAUCGCAGUCAGAGCAGCGAAGGUGUGAGUUCGCUCAGCAGCUCGCCCUCCAACAGCCUCGAAACGCAGUCCCAGUCCCUUUCCCGGUCCCAGAGCAUGGAUAUUGAUAGCGUCUCCUGCGAGAAAAGCUUGUCCCAGGUCGAUGUGGAUUCGGGGAUCGAAAACAUGGAAGUGGAUGAGAGUGACCGGAGGGAGAAACGGAGCCUCUCGGAUAAGGAGCCUCCCUCAGGAUUGGAAAUCUCGGAGGAACAAGCCUUACAGCUGGUUUGUAAGAUUUUCCGGGUCUCUUGGAAAGACCGCGAUAGAGACGUCAUCUUCCUGACUUCCCUUUCGGAACAGUUCAAGCAGAACCCUAAAGACGUGUUCUCGGAUUUUAAAGACUUGAUUGGGCAAGUGCUGAUGGAAGUCCUAAUGAUGUCCACCCACUCGAGAGAAGAAAACCCCUUUGCCAGUUUGACCGCCACGUCACAGCCCAUUGCGGCCGCCGCCCGCUCGCCGGAUAGAAACUUAGUCCUGAAUACCGGCUCCAACCCGGGAACCAGCCCCGUGUUUUGCAAUGUGGGCUCGUUUGGCUCCAGCUCCUUAUCAAGUCUCUACGGAAGCAGCCCCAUUCCCAUUUUCAACAUCGCAAGUCACCCCCCGUUGGCCGGCUCCUUUCUCCCUUCUUCCCCCAGCCCCGUGGCUCCCCUCCCCGUGUCUUCCCUGUCUGUCAGCCCCCACCUCCUGCCAGCAGGGCCGCUCAGUGUCCAGCCCUCGUCCCCACGGUACCGUCCGUACACAGUGGCACACCCCUGGACCUUGGCAGCUCCUCCUGCCGCACCCUUAACAGGAACCUCCGGUCUUUUGGCUUCUUCGACUCCUCCGGGCAUAAACCCCAGUCCUCCAGCUGCACAGAUCCCUUCGUCCAGGGGUAGACCCGUAGCCACCACCCUGCCUCUGUUCUCCAUGUUGGGCAGCAGCCGUACCUCUUCCCCAGGCAGGAUGCCCUCUAGUAUGUACGACAGCCCUUUCUCCCUCUUCCUUGCCAUUUCUGAUGUCUCUGGAGACAGUUCUGAGGAAGAAAAUGAGGAAGAGGAGGAGGAGGAUUUUUCUUGUGUGCCAUUUGGGUCCAGUGGCGGAGGCUCCGGAGGGGCCAGCAUUUCCGACUCGUGCAGCGACCACUUCGCCAUUGAGACGUGCAAGGAGACGGAGAUGCUAAACUACCUCAUUGAGUGCUUCGACCGAGUGGGGAUUGAGGAAAGGAAAGCGCCAAAGAUGUGCAGCCAGCCGGUGGUGAGCCAGCUUCUGAGCAACAUCCGAUCCCAGUGCAUUUCUCACGCGGCUUUGGUGCUCCAAGGAUCCCUAACGCAGCUGAGGUCAAACCAACAGCAGUCGUUGUUAGUCCCGUAUAUGCUCUGUAGGAAUCUCCCCUUCGGUUUCAUCCAGGAAUUGGUGAGGACGACUCACCAAGAUGAAGAAGUCUUCAAACAGAUCUUUGUACCUAUUUUACAAGGGCUGGCUCUUGCUUCAAAAGAAUGCUCCUUUGAUAGUGACAACUUUAAAUACCCCCUUAUGGCUUUAGGGGAACUCUGCGAGAUCAAGUUUGGGAAAUCGCAUCCUGUCUGCAGUUUGGUGGUCUCUUUGCCUUUGUGGUUGCCAAAAUCUCUAAGCCCCGGGAUGGGCCGAGAGCUCCAGAGACUCUCUUACCUUGGGGUGUUCUUCGGCCUCUCCGUCUUCGCUGAGGAUGACCCUAGAGUUGUCGAAAAAUAUUUCUCGGGGCCUACCAUUACUUUGGAAAACACGCGGGUCGUUAGCCAGUCAUUGCAACAUUACCUGGAAUCUGCCAGGCAAGAGUUAUUCAAGAUCCUGCACAGUAUUCUGCUCAACGGAGAAACGCGGGAAGCUGCUCUCAGCUAUAUGGCAGCCGUGGUCAAUGCCAACGUUAAAAAGGCACAAAUGCAGGCGGACGAUCGGCUGGUGUCUACGGAUGGCUUCAUGCUGAACUUCCUGUGGGUGCUGCAGCAGCUGAGCACAAAAAUCAAACUCGAGACGGUCGAUCCGUCCUACAUCUUCCAUCCUCGGUGUCGAAUCAUGGUGCCUGCGGACGAAACGCGAGUCAAAGCCACCUUGGAGGAUGUCAGCAGCUGGAUGGUUGAGCUGUCCAGGGAUCAGUCUCUCUUCUCUGAGCCAAAAUUCCCAACGGAAUGUUUCUUCCUGACCCUCCAUGCCCACCACCUCUCCAUCUUACCGAGUUGCCGUCGAUACAUCCGUCGACUCAGAGCCAUCCGGGAGCUGAACAGGACCGUGGAGGAUUUGAAGAAUAACGAAAGUCAGUGGAAGGAUUCUCCCCUAGCUACCAGGCAUCGAGAGAUGUUGAAACGAUGCAAAACCCAACUCAAGAAAUUGGUGCGAUGCAAAGCUUGCGCAGACGCCGGCCUGUUAGAUGAGAAUUUUCUCCGGAGGUGCCUCAACUUUUACAGCGUGGUGAUCCAGCUCUUGCUACGGAUUCUUGAUCCUGCCUACCCUAACAUACAACUGCCUUUAAACCCAGAUGUCCCGAAAGUCUUCGCAGCGAUGCCUGAGUUUUACGUGGAAGAUAUUGCGGAAUUUUUGUUUUUUAUUGUACAAUACUCGCCUCAGGUACUCUACGAGCCUUGCACUCAGGAGCUGGUGACCUUCCUCGUGGUCAUGCUCUGCAACCAGGACUACAUCCGGAACCCUUACUUGGUGGCCAAGCUGGUGGAGGUGAUGUUCAUGACCAACCCAGCCGUCCAACCCCGGACCCAGAAGUUCUUCGAAAUGAUCGAAAACCAUCCGCUCUCCGUCAAGUUGCUGGUUCCUUCCCUGAUGAAGUUUUACACAGACGUGGAGCACACUGGGGCCACCAGCGAAUUCUACGACAAAUUUACGAUCCGCUAUCACAUCAGCACCAUCUUCAAAAGCUUGUGGCAGAACAUAGCUCACCAUGGGACUUUCAUGGAAGAGUUCAACUCCGGCAAGCAGUUUGUUCGCUAUAUCAAUAUGCUGAUCAACGACACGACGUUCUUGCUGGAUGAGAGUUUAGAGUCCCUCAAACGCAUCCACGAAGUGCAGGAAGAGAUGAAGAACAAGGAGCAGUGGGAUCUUCUCCCCAGGGAUCAGCAACAGGCUCGGCAGUCUCAGCUGGCCCAGGACGAGCGAGUCUCACGCUCCUAUCUGGCUCUGGCCACAGAAACGGUUGACAUGUUUCAUAUCCUCACCAAACAAGUCCAGAAGCCUUUCCUCAGGCCUGAGCUUGGACCACGGUUGGCUGCGAUGCUGAACUUCAACCUUCAGCAGCUGUGCGGCCCCAAAUGCCGCGAUCUGAAAGUCGAAAACCCCGAGAAGUACGGCUUUGAACCAAAGAAGCUUCUGGAUCAACUGACAGAUAUCUAUUUGCAGCUGGAUUGUGCCCGUUUUGCGAAAGCAAUCGCGGACGACCAGAGGUCUUACAGCAAGGAGCUAUUUGAGGAGGUGAUUUCGAAGAUGAGGAAAGCCGGCAUCAAGUCCACCAUAGCGAUAGAAAAAUUCAAGCUGCUCGCGGAGAAAGUGGACGAAAUUGUUGCCAAGAAUGCCCGCGCCGAAAUUGACUACAGUGAUGCUCCGGAUGAGUUCCGAGAUCCACUCAUGGAUACCUUAAUGACUGACCCGGUCCGGUUGCCAUCGGGAACUAUCAUGGAUCGCUCCGUCAUUCUGCGGCACCUUCUCAACUCCUCCACGGAUCCCUUCAAUCGCCAGACACUAACAGAAAAUAUGCUGGAACCAGUGCCUGAGCUGAAAGAGCAAAUCCAAGCUUGGAUGAGGGACAAGCAGCACCCGGAUCACUGAGGUCACCCCCCUGGCAGCGCACGCCGAGGUCAACUGCGGAGAGCAAGGCAGCAGAUCAAGGCGAGGGGGAACGCCAAAACCGUGGGGAGUUGAAGCCGAGUUGGGGCUCACGCAGCGCCUGCCGCUGCUGCCACCACAAAGGACCGUGGAACCUCCUGGGCGAGGCGAAGGGGGAAAAAGAGGCACCACACCGCGAAACGCAGCUUAACUCUCUUGUACAUAACUUUUAAGCGAUACAUCGGCAGUCGAUAGCAUUGUGGGUGGGAUUCAGUUAGCAAGUUCCUUUUUUUUUUUUUUGUUCUGAAAAAAACAAAACAAAAAACGAGACUCCUCCAUUUUCAUCGUUGGGGGUUCAUAAACGGCCGAGUUCGGUUUAGCCAACGACGCGAAAUCGGGGCGGCACAGCCCUCGGGGGUGUGCGUGUGUGUGUGUGUGUGUGUGUCUGCGUGCGUGUGCGUGUUUUUUUUUUUUUUAAACCAAUAUAUUGCCAGAUCUCCGUUAAUUUGAUAGUGGUUGGAACUUUGAACAUUUUGCUGCUAAAGGUAAUCCCCCCCUUCCCCUCAAACCUUUUCAUUUCUCUCGUCACCUCUGCCUGCACGAUCCCGCCUCCCGGUUUCUCUUUAUUUUUAUUUUAUUUUUUUCUCCUCAGUGUUGAAGAAAAACCUUCCCUGUAAAUGGAAAAGAUGACUUCUGAAUGUCCUACGGAGGACAUAAUUUUGAGAAAAGCAAAUGUGCCUGCGAGGAGUAUUAAAAGAAGGGGGGAGGGAUAUGGGGGAAGGGGAUCAUAUUUUUCUAUUAGAAAGCUUUUUUUUUUAAAAUUUAAUUUAAUUUGGUAAGUCCACCCCCGACCCAGUCGCAAAUUUCAUUCCCCCGCCUCCCCCCCCUUUGUCGACACGUUGAAAUUUUAACAUUGUUUGACGUGUCCCUUUAUCUUUUGAGGAGAGGCUUCAUAUUCCCUAUGAUGUUGUUGUUGUUAUUAUUUUUAUUUUUAGGUUGGUUUUUCUUCAGAGCCUUGUAUGAUAGGUUGAAACAACUGCCGCAAAGGAAUUGGAGUGGAAUACGGCGGGGGGGGGGGGGGGCAUUGACUUAAAAGAUAUAUAUAGAGAGCUAUAUAUAUAUAUAUAUAUAUAUAUAUAUAUAUACACACACACAUAUAUAUAUAAAAAAAACUUUUAAAGGCAGAGAUCUUAUAAGCUGAACGGUAAUGAUUCUCUGUCUUUUAAAAGUGCGUCUCUUGGGGGAAAAUGAGGGUUGGGGGUGUGUGGAAAGCAGAUCGUUUUAUUCGCGGCGCCUCCGAGUCGAAGCCGACGGAUUCAUUUUUAUGUUGCGUACCAGUUUUAUAUCCAUGGCUUGGCCUUACCAAAGCAAAAAGGGUGCAGAAAAAAAAAAUGUAGACUUGCUUUUUUUAAAAAAAGAAACUAUAUAAAAAAGAUGAAACAUUUUUGUAUGACUGCCCUCUGCUUAAAAAAAGAUACUUGAAUGUCCUUUUUGAAAAGGAUUCGAAACCACAGUGUUUUAAAAAAAAAACAAAACGAAACGAAACAAAUUAAGCCUGAAAAGAAAAUGUUUUUUUUUCUUUUCUUUUCUUUUUCUUUUUUCUGCUGACAGUUUCCUCUGUUCAGUUCCUAAUUCUUGAAGAACAAUAAAUGGUGAUACACAUUCACAAGAA